CAGAUAUUAGUAUGUAAUGGCAGCCAUCCUCCUGAGCCACUCUCCAGCUUUCUCUCCCUCGAUCAGGUUCUCAAAGAUCCACCUCCCGACAUCCUCCCGACUGAUGGUAUAGCCAACUGCCUUACUCUCCACCACUCCCUUGAUUGGAUCCUCCUUCCCGGCUCUGAUCUCCCGCUUGGGACCAUCUUUGGCACCGUCAACAAAUAGACUUGGCCUCACAAUGGUCCAUUCCUCCUCACUCUCGACCAAAGCGUCUUCCAUGGCCUUCUUGUCCUUGUGGGGAACCUUCAGACCGACAUGAUACAACGGAACAAACAACAACGGCACAUCCCGCCCAAAGUCGGAUACUCCUGUGGAGCUGAGGGCAACAAUCCGCGGCUUGCCCUGCAGGUUGUGCUCUGUUCUGGCCUUCUGCAAGGCGGCCAAGACGGUCUUGAUGCCAUUUUCGCACACGUGAGCGUCGUCCAUGCCCAUCUUGGACAGGUUGAAGUAGGCGCCGAUGGAGAAGACGAUCACAUCUGGGAGGCCCUGGCGGGGCGAGGACGGUGAAGGGAGAAGGGCGCGGAGAACAGCGUCGACGUCGUGAGCAUUGCCCUGCUCUAUCCGCAGCAACUUCUGGUCGACUUCGGCCGGGAUCUUGUCGGAGAGAGUGGAAGGUGUGCGGCAGAGGGCUGUGCAGGAGUGGCCGGCAGCGAGGGAGCGCUGGAGGGCAGAGAAGCCUACGCCUCCGGUUGCGCCGAGGAAGAGGAUGGACUUGGACAUUGCGGGGUGAGGAUAGAGGUUGAAUAAGUAAUAGAAGGUAUAUAGGUCGUGGUGGAGGCGUUUAACAACUCGGGUCAGUAGGGCUGAUGAGAAUCUUUCGGUCAGUCAGGUUCUUGGAAGAAGACAAGAGGGAGGAAGUUGCUCCCUUUUAUUCCCCCAAGUCGCAUCCGGGACUCGCAAGACGGACACGCCAUAUCUGGCUUUCUUGUCCGAUUCGGGGUAGAUCUUCUCGAGAAAGGUGGCGCCAGCAAACAAUGCGCCUCCACCAGCAGCGGGAUGAUGGGUGAUGGUGAUAAAUAUUGCGCCGUGGUGGUGGUUUGGUCUUUCACAGGGGCCUAGAAUGCGACGUUAGCGCACCUAGAGUCGGGGUCCAUCGCAACGUUCCUCCGAUUGCUCCACUGUGGCUUUUUACUAGAGAUUUUAUUGGCCAGUCAGUCGAUCCGAAGCCGUCUUGGCAAGCCACCCCGCCAAGAGCUGUCAGGAUGAACACUCACAAAUCCGACUCUCUUUCUCUUCGGCGAUUUUCCGUCCUCGAUUCGGCGGUUAUUGAUCCAUGUCCUCUCACAUCUCUAACACAGCCUUUACGGAGUAACUUUUGUUGGUGGUGUGUUGGCAGUCACCAGCCAUGUGACCCGAAGUGAACCCACCUCAGCCUGGUGCAGUCAUCAACUGACAUCACCACGAAACUCAUGAGGCAUCUGCAUAUCGAUCACACAUCGCCAUGUUUCCCAGAUAAGGUUCCAAGAGCCAGCACAAGGUCCACCACACCUCGCCCUUCGCGCUCCAGGAUGACGGCGAUCAACUCGGCUCGGCUGUUGCCCCCGCCCUUCUCAACGGGUAUGCAUGCGGGGUGACGCUGGCCCCACUAUCUCGUUGACUGCCGUUCAAGACAUGGAGGUCCAGAUGGAUAUAACUUGAUAGCUCUUCCUCCAGCUUGAGAAGAUAUCUGGUGGUAGAACGAAUCCAUCAGCAUUCUGUUCUGCAUAAUGUUGUCUUCAACCUGGGGCUCCCCCUCUGGGACAGUGCAACUUCCCAAAGAAGUAACACCUUACACGGUUAACAUCGACCAGGGACAGCUUGAUCGGACUCAGACUCUGCUCAAGCUAUCUCCCAUACCGGGAGAAUGCUACGAGAAUUCACUCCCCGACGGCAGCCGGAAGCUGGGGCUGAGAAGAGAAUGGCUGGUGGAGGCUAAGCGUGUUUGGGAAGAGGAAUUCAGCUGGAGAGCAGUCGAAUCCCAGAUUAACAGUUUCCCCAACUUCACCGCUUCAGUGCCCGUCAACGAACAAGGAGAACAGAUCAACGUUCAAUUCCUCGGAAUCUUCAGCCAGAACCCCAACGCUGUGCCAGUCGUCUUUCUUCACGGAUGGCCUGGCUCCAUCUUGGAGUUUCUUCCCCUCUUCAGCCUUCUAAGAGAAAAGUACCCGGAUCCUGCUCGGUUACCGUUCCACCUGAUUGCGCCUUCUCUACCUGGCUUUGGCUUUUCCGACCAGUUUCCCAAUGACAGAAACUACGGCAUGGAGGAUGUCGCCUUCGUCGUUGACUCGCUCAUGGUUGGCACCCUUGGCCUCAAGAACUAUGUAGUCCAAGGUGGCGACAUCGGGUCACGCAUUGCACGUGUUCUCGGCAACCGAUGUGAGCAGUGCAGUGCCGUGCUCAUCAACUACAGCCCUGUUCCGCCGCCAGAAAGCUUUGACUUCACAACACUGAGCGAGAAAGACAAAAGGGGAUUGGAAAGAGGUGACUGGUUCCGCAACGAUGGAUCUGCCUACGCCAUGAUGGCCGCCUCCAGACCAGGAACACUAGGAUUGGCCUUGUCCGCCAGCCCUCUUGCGUUGCUGGCCUGGAUAGGAGAAAAGUACCUCGACUGGACCGAUCCCCUUUCCUUUACUCAAGACCAGACACUACCCAGCGGAGCUCGGUACUCGAGAAAGUUGAUGAAUGAAAUCAUUGCCAGCGUGGCACUCUACUGGCUCACCGGCAAGAUCCAUACCAGCUUCUACUCCUACCGGGAGGCGUUUGCCCUCAACGGCCGGGUCCCGCCAUCAAGCAACGCGCAGUUCCCGGUCAUGGCGCCGAAAAAGGUGGGUAUGAUGUGGUUCCCGUAUGAGGUCAUCCCUACCCCAAGAGCAUGGAUAGAGAAGUACUCUAACCUGGUCUUUUGGAGGGAGGAGGAAGUAGGAGGGCACUUUGCACAGUUGGAGCAACCUGAGGUUCUGGCUAAAGGGUUGGAGGAUUUCAUCAAGGUUUUGCAGGAGAAAUGAGAGCAUCUUGAUCUUUUAUUCCUCUUAUAUGUACAUCAUUGUUGUCUGGUGUUGUUUUGAUACUAGGAAACAAACAGCUUCCACCGUUCAGACCCGAAUAGUAACAGCAAAAACACCCUGUCCACCGCCGACAUACGCAAUGUUUCUGUCCCUGUCUGUCCGCCCAAAAGCACAGCUCGUGCUGCCCGUCACGGUCCCCACGCUCACGGGGCUGGGUCUGGCAGCCGUCGGGUCAACCUCGACCAGGGAGUUCCUGCUGUUGGUGGUGACAUAAAUCUUGCCGUUGGGACCGAAGCAGAGGUCAUCGCCCAUGAGGUUGGUCCAGAGGGUGGUCUGGGCGCCCGUGCUCUUGGCCGUGACGGGGUCGAGGGGGAUCUUGUGAAACGAGUUGCGGAAGAUGUUAGUGUACCACAGCGUCCCGUUGGCGUAGCGGAUGCCGUCGAUGCCGAAGGGGAUGCCGCCUGAUGGGGCCAUGGUCGGGUCGCGGGCAACUUCGGAGUAGACGCCCGUGUUCACGUCGAUCUUGUAGACGUUACCGCGGCCGGCGUCGGCGACGAGGACGGUCGAGUUGUCAAAGUAGGCCAGGCCGUUGAGGUUCUGGGCUUCGGUGAUGGUCUUGAUGAGGGUGGAGCGGGGGGUGCCGGAGGAGAAGUCGACCUUGUAGAUGGACUUGCCGCCGCCGAUGACGGCGAACUGGUCGGGCUGGUACUCGGCGAUUCCUGAGAGCCCGUUGGUGCCGGAGACGGAGAGGGCGGUGGAGGAUGUCUUGGCUACGGGGUCGACCGAGUAGAGGGUUGCACUGUUCAUGUUGGUGGCCAGGAUGAGGCCGUUGGAACGGACGGCGACAUUCUCGAUCGAGUUGAUGCGGACAACCUGCUGAGCGGCCUGUCGUGGGGUGAUUGGGCUUGCUGAGCCGAGGCUGGCGCUGGCCAACAGGGAGACAAGAGCUACUUGGGACAGCAUCGUGAUGGAUGGUUUCUCACAGGGAGGGUCCAAAAAUCUGAGCUUGAUGGAGAGGAGGAUAGGUCACAAAAAGUCAAUCUCGGCAGCGGUGAGUCCCUUCAAAUAGCUAUAUUCCAAUCCAGCAAGCUAUUCCAAACAUAACCCCUCAGAUCAUCAGCCUAGUCCCCUGGAGAAGCGAGGAGGAGGACCGGAAGGGCCCGGUAUAAAUGGGUCUUGGCACGUAUUUCCAAUUGCGGCUCGCGGAGUCUGGGAUAGGCAAUCUGGCUAAUCCCGACACCACCAAUUAUCACCAGCCGCAGCUGACGUCCUCCGUCCGAGGCUUGUUUGUGCUUGUUUCUGUUCGUUUGUUGCUUGUUUAUAUGCGGUGUCUACUAAUGCGGUCCGAUCAGGGAUGCAUGUUUCCAUUCAUGACUAACCAAGCUUUCGUCAACAAAUCUCGGUGGUUCUGUGAGUUUGUACAUAUGAUACUCUUGACUGGGAUGUGUAAGCCGGGCAGUCAACAUUGUUGGUAUGACUAAAGGUCUCAAGGAGCCCAUCGAGAUAAAACACAAUCUGUAUUAGGACUGUAGAGUCGGACA